AUGCUGGAGGCCAGCUCAUCCAAGGCCGUGACAUCCCGAGCUCCUAGCGACUUGACCAUGUCUCGCGUAUGCUUCUUUAUUGGGCUCUUCUUCUUCGUCAUGCCACUGCGCAGGUUCCUCGCCAUCCGGGCCGCCCGUCGGGUCCAGCAUACUCUUCACCAUGGCGAGUCCGUCGGCUCCCAGGCCUGCGGUGGCCAGCCGAGUGGCGUUCGGUGCUCGUUCGCGUCGUUCGGCAGGUUCUGUAGGGAAACCUGUGGCAUCGCCCUGGGUCUGAUCCACACGGCCAAGGACGACCGGUGCGCCAAAUCCCCAAGAUGA